CGCUAAAAAAGAACCCCCAAAGCUACUACACCCGGCAGACAAAGGAGAUGCGCACCCCACGCGCAUCCUAAUGCAGAGCCCUUCACUCCCUCCUCUCUCUCUCUCUCUCUGUCGCUAAACUUUUCCGUGUGUAACCCUCUUUCUCUCUCACUCGAGCCCGCAUCUUCCCCCUCUUUCCCCGCCUCCUUCCUCUCUCUUUUCAAUUUCUAGAAAUCCUCCCCAAAAGCGCGCGCAACUCCUCCCCACCCCCGCCCCCCCAAAACCCUAACACCUAGCUCGCCCUCUCUCUCUAUAUGCCAUGAAUCUGUGGACUGACGACAACGCAUCCGUGAUGGAGGCCUUCAUGACCUUCGACCUCCACAGCCCCUUCCCCUCCUGGGCCCCAUCCCCCGCUCCCGCCGCCGCCGACGCCGCCGCCGUCACCACCACCACCACCUACCUCAACCAAGAAACGAUCCAGAGCCGCCUCCAGACCCUGAUCGAGGGCGCUCCCGAGAGCUGGACCUACGCCAUCUUCUGGCAGUCCUCUCCGGACGUGGGCACCGGCGCCUCCAUCCUUCAUCUGGGCGACGGAUACUACAAGGGCGACGGCAAGGGCCAGUCCUCCGCCUCCACCGGCGAGCAGGAGCCACGCAAGCGCAUCCUCCGCGAGUCAACUCCCUCAUCACCGGCCCCGCCGACGCCGGAUCCGACGACCCCGACGAGGAGGUCCCGACACGAGUGGGUUCUUCUCGUCUCCAUGACCCAGUCCAUCCGCAACGGCGAGGGCGUCCCCGGACGGGCCUUCUGCUCCGGCGUCGCCCAGUGGAUCGACGGCCGCGACAAGCUCGCCAUCACCGACUGCGACCGCGCUCGGCAGGCCCAGCAGUUUGGGAUGCAGACCUGCGUCUGCGUUCCUGUCGGCAGCGGCCUUCUUGAGCUCGUCUACCAUCUCAUCUUUCAGAGCCUCGUGAUCUUGAAUAGGAUCAAGCACCUGUUUCAAUUUCAACGGUUCGAUCCUACUUGGAUCCAGCAGGCGGCGGUGGAUCAUUGGGAGACCGAUCCGGCGGUGAUGUGGAUCACGGAUCCGUCCGUGACGGAGAUCAAGGAUUUCGGUGUCGCCCGCAUCGGCGACCGUCACCUCUGUUACAGUUACAAGUCGGGCAGCUCGAUCCCCUCAGUUUCAACAUCAUCAUCAGUUCAACAGCAGCAACCACCGUCCUCGAGCCAGCAGCAGCAGCAGCAGCAGCAGAGCCAAACGGGGGUUUCUUCCGCUAAUGCGCCGCCGCCGGCUCAGUCUUCUUUCGCAAAGGAGCUUAAUUUCUGUUACGCCCUGAACAACCCCGCCGGUCCUCAAUUGUUCAAGCCCGAAUCUGUGGAUAUCCUCAAUUUCGGCGAGAGCAAGAGGAAUUCCUCGUCUCCGGCCCCAAACCCUAGCAUUUUCUCCCAUCAUCAUCACCAUCAGAUCCCAUCCGACGACAAGAGGCCCAACAAGAGGCCGACGACCGCGACUUCGAGAGGAAGCAACAACGACGAGGGGAUGCUCUCUUUCUCCUCCGCCCCAACCCAACCAAAAUCCAGCGGGGUCCUCACCGUCACUACCGUCGGCGACGACGCCGAUUCCGACCAUUCGGAUCUCGAGGCAUCGAUUCAUUGGGAAGAAGGGUCGGAAGAGCAGCAGAGUCGUGAGGCCGCAGCCCCGAGAACCGAGGGCGAGGAAGCGGGGCGGAAAGGCCCGGUAAACUGGUUCCAGUGGAGGAGCACGGCACUUGAACACAUCGAAGCUGACGAGCGUCGCUCAGCGGCGGUUUUCUACGCCCUAGCGAGCGUAGUCCCCAGUCCUUCGAAAAUGGACAAGCUUUCCCUCCUCGGGGCGAUCUCCUACAUUAACGAGCUCGGUCCAAGAAUCCAUCGUGGAGGUCGACAACGAGGGGGUUUAAGAAGCCAAGUCGAAGUCUCCAGAGAUGAACAAGGAUUCGCGGUCUGGCCGUCUCCCUCACCCCCGGAACCCGAUAUGAAGAGGAUCAACGGCGGCAACGGAAGAUGCCACGGAUUGGAAAUCGAGGUCAAGUUGAUAACAAUGGAGGCGAUGAUCCGAGUACAGAGUGUAAAGAGGAAUCACCCGGCAGCGAGGCUGAUGAACGCAUUGAAGGAUCUUGAUCUCGAAGUUCAUUACGCCAGUGUUUCAGUGGUGAAGGAUUUGAUGUUGCAGCAGGCGACGGUGAAGAUGACGAAUCGGAGUUACACGCAAGAGCAGCUCACCGCUGCCCUCUAUUCUCGCCUCGCCGGGGGUCUCAGCAACAGCAGCGGCAGCAGUAGGUAGUUCGAUUACGGUAGUAGCAAGGCUUGAGAUUUUGGUCGUAUUAUUCUGUAAAAUUUAAGACUUUUUAAGAUAUUUAUGUGAACUAUCAUCCCCUAUUGGUCGUGUUUAGAUUUUGGGACGUUGUUUGAAGAGUGUUAGCUUGUGUUUUCGGUAAGUGAUCAUAAUCUUGUAAAUUUGUAUAGCUAAUGCUUUGCGCAAGUGCGGUGAGCUUCCGAUCAGCCAACGCGAUCUUAAUUAUAGCGUUUAAUAUUAAUUGCUUUCGCUGCUGCGUUUAUUUAA